AUGUUUCAACGAUGGCCUUUACCUCAAUAUGCUACUUAUCUUUUGAUCACACUAUUUUUUCUUUCAUCAUGGACAGAUGUCAAUGGAAUCUAUGCACAAUUGCCACAGAUUGUUUUAACUCAACCAGAAAGUUGGAAACUAGGUGCCAAUCUUGCAUUGAUCACUAAUCUUGGAAAUAUUGGGCCUUUUUCACUCGUGUUAUACAAAUGUCUUUGCCGGAAACGAACAAUCAAUCCUAUACCAAUUAAUUACAUUGUGAUUUUAAUUGGAAUGCUAUCAUGUUUCUUGAUGAUCUUCUUUUGGUCGUACACAACCACGAUCGGCAAUGAAAAACGUAGUACAGCCUUGUUAAUAUUGGCUUUUUUUCUAUCGCUACUCGAUUGCACAUCGUCUAUUACAUUUGCUGAUUACAUGCAUCGAUUUCGAAAAGAAUUUACUAGUGCAAUUUUUCUCGGAGAGAGUUUAACUUCUAUCCUACCGAGUUUACUUGCUAUUGCACAAGGAAACGGACAAAUUCAUUGCAUUCAAUCGGCUAAUGGUACAAAUACGACUGAAGCUAUUUAUGAAACUGCACGAUUUUCUGUUUCGAUCUAUUUUCUAUGUUUAUUCAUAUUGCUAACUAUUUCAUUUGUUUCGUAUGUACUUUUACAAUGGACAACGAUCGGUCAAAGCUCAUACCAAACCAACGCAGACACUUUGUCAAACGAAUCAACGGAAUCUAUAGACAAGCCAUUAACUCGUUUGUCCUAUAUUCUUCUUCUGUUAGCAUGUGCUUUCACCAGUUCAGUUCUAUUCGGAAUGGCUCUUUCCAUCUCUACAUACGUACUGAUGCCAUAUGGACAUCGAAUAUUCUAUUUAGGAACGAUCAUUUCACCGUGGAUGUUAACACUUGUUUGGGUAUUUGGAAUGGUCAAACCAUUGUUAUCCAAACGUUAUUUAUUAAUUCUAAUCAUCAUCGGCUCAUUAGCAUUUGCAUUUGAUUUAUUUGUCUCGUUUAAAAGUCCGUGUCCACCAUGGGUUGAUACAACCAAAGGGAGUGCUCUUAUCCUGAUUAUCUGGCUUAGUACGUAUAUCUUCUUGGGUUAUCCACGUUUAGUUAUUGCAAAUUAUGUACGAAUACAUUCAACCAAUGGGAUGUUCUGGUAUGGCGUCAAUGUUCAGUUCGGCGCAUUGACGGGCUCAGUUAUUGCUUACCUCCUUAUUGAUACGUUUGGUUUGUUCCACGAGCGGAGAGCAUGUGAACAGAUUGUUUGUUAA